AUGCUUGGUGCUGCUAAAUACAUUGGUGCUGGUAUUGCUACUCUUGCUCUUGCUGGUGCUGGUAUUGGUGUAGGUAUUGUAUUCUACGCUCUUAUCCAAGGUACAUCUCGAAACCCUAGCGUUAAAAAUCAACUAUUCCAAUAUGCUGUUCUUGGAUUCGCUCUUUCAGAGGCUACUGGACUAUUCGCUCUUAUGGUUUCAUUCAUGAUCCUAUUCUCUUAA